AUGGACAGAAGUAGAUCGCUGGCCAUUUGUACCAACCUUGUGGCCAAAGUACGAAAAAGUGUCUCCAUCCAAGCCAUUAAUGACCUCCUAGAUCAGCGAAACAUUUUUACGGACCUGCUAAAUAAGCUAGAGGCCGCCACUAAUGUUCGAAGAAACACUCUCUUUGUCUGUGGCCUCUGCUUCAUACUGUUCUACCUCGCGGUUGGCUAUGCUGCAAACCUUCUGUGUUACUUCCUUGGCUUCGUGUUUCCGACGUAUGCGUCGGUGAAAGCUAUCGAAUCUGGAAAUGUCAACGAUGACACGAAAUGGCUAACCUAUUGGGUCGUUUUUAGCACAGUCAAUUUCAUGGAAAUUUUUCUGGAGUGGAUUCCGCUGUAUUAUUUACUGAAGUUUUUCUUGCUUGUUUGGUGCAUGUUCCCCGGUCCCUGGAGUGGCACCACCGUCAUAUACAACGUUGUUAUUUGUCCCUUCGUUAUGAGGCACAGAGACAAGUUCGACACCGCUAUCUCGGAGGUCGCCAAGCACGUCCGAAAAGCUGCCGAGAAAGCGGCGGAAGAUUACGAACCCAUCGCCAGCGUGGAUCUGUUCGCCGAGGUGACCAAGAUCGGAGGAGGUGUGUUAGCUAUUACAGAGAUGGAGAACAACAAUGACGAUGUUGACUCGAGCAAAAAGGACGACUGA